AUGGCGGCGGCGAGUGCCACGUGGCAGCCACAGAAGGAGGGGCUGACGGCGAUCUGCGGGCUACUGGAGCAGCAGAUAUCGCCGUCGUCCUCCGCUGACAAGUCUCAGAUUUGGCACCAACUGCAGACCUACUCUCAGAACCCUGAGUUCCACAAUUACCUUGUUUUCAUUCUCACGCGCGCUCAGGGUACAUCAGUGGAGAUUCGACAAGCCGCGGGGCUGCUGUUGAAAAACAAUCUUAGAAAUGCUUAUAGCAACAUGGAUCCUGCAUAUCAGCAGUAUAUAAAGUCGGAGUUGCUGCCUUGCUUGGGAGCAGCGGAUAGGCACAUCAGGUCUACGGUAGGGACAAUUAUAAGCGUUGUUGUGCAACUAGGGGGAGUUUUGGGAUGGCCGGAAUUGCUGCAAGCUCUUGUGACUUGUUUAGACAGUAAUGACGUGAAUCACAUGGAAGGUGCUAUGGAUGCAUUGUCCAAGGUAUGUGAGGAUAUACCUCAGGUGCUUGAUUCAGAUGUACCUGGGUUGCCUGAACGUCCCAUCAACAUAUUCCUUCCUAGAUUGCUUAAGCUUUUCCAGUCACCACAUUCAUCCUUGAGAAAGCUUUCCCUGGGUUCUGUAAAUCAAUACAUUAUGUUGAUGCCAGCAGCUUUAUAUGCAUCUAUGGAUCAGUAUCUUCAGGGUUUGUUUGUCCUUGCUAAUGACCCUUCUCCGGAAGUUAGGAAAUUGGUUAGUGCAGCAUUUGUUCAGCUGAUUGAAGUUCGUCCAGCUUUCUUGGAGCCACAUUUGAGGAACCUAAUUGAAUACAUGUUGCAAGUCAACAAGGACACUGACGAAGAAGUUGCCCUUGAAGCCUGUGAAUUCUGGUCUGCAUAUUGUGAGGCUCAGUUACCGCCUGAGAUUUUGAGAGAGUUUUUGCCCCGUCUAAUUCCGAUUUUGUUGUCCAACAUGGCAUACGCGGAGGAUGAUGAGUCCCUUGUAGAUGCCGAGGAGGAUGGUUCUGUCCCAGACCGUGAUCAGGAUAUCAAACCUCGUUUUCAUUCAUCACGGUUUCAUGGAUCUGAUGGUGGGGAAGAAGAGGACGAUGAUAUUGUCAAUGUUUGGAACUUACGGAAAUGCAGUGCAGCGGCUGUCGAUAUCCUGUCAAAUGUGUUUGGCGAUGAGAUUCUCCCAACAUUGAUGGCAUUUGUUCAGGCCAAGUUGUCCAACAGUGAUGAUGAAACAUGGAAAGAAAGGGAAGCUGCUGUAUUGGCUCUAGGUGCAGUAGCUGAAGGUUGCAUUAUUGGUCUUUAUCCUCAUUUGAAUGAGAUCAUUGCGUAUCUUAUUCCUCUUUUAGACGAUAAGUUUCCACUUAUAAGGAGUAUAUCCUGUUGGACACUGUCACGUUUCAGCAAGUUCAUUCUUGAGGGUGUUGAACAUCAACAAGGUUAUGAGCGGUUUGACAAGGUUCUUCUGGGUCUCUUGAGAAGAAUAUUAGAUAAUAACAAGCGAGUACAGGAGGCUGCUUGCUCAGCUUUUGCGACCCUUGAAGAGGAGGCAGGCGACGUGUUGGCACCACGCCUGGAAACUAUUUUACAGCACCUUAUGUGUGCUUAUGGGAAAUAUCAGAGGCGGAACCUAAGAAUUGUAUAUGAUGCCAUAGGAACUCUAGCAGAUGCUGUUGGUGUGGAGUUGAAUCGCCCCAAUUAUCUUGAAAUUCUGAUGCCACCGUUAAUUGCAAAGUGGCAACAACUUGCAAAUUCAGAUAAAGAUCUGUUUCCAUUGCUCGAGUGCUUCACUUCUAUUUCGCAGGCACUGGGUGCCGGAUUCUCUCCAUUUGCUGAGCCGGUGUUUCAGAGGUGCAUAAGCAUCAUACAGUCCCAACAAGUUGCAAAGGUUGAUCCGGUAUCUUCAGGGGUCCAGUAUGAUAAAGAAUUUAUUGUAUGCGCUCUUGAUCUGCUUUCUGGACUUACAGAAGGUCUUGGUAGUGGAAUAGAAAGUUUGGUUUCACAAAGCAAUUUGAAGGACCUGCUUUUGAAUUGUUGCAUGGAUGAUGCUUCGGAUGUUCGACAGAGUGGCUUUGCCUUACUUGGGGAUCUUGCAAGAGUAUGCCCCGUCCAUUUGCGUCCUCGUUUGCCUGAAUUUCUUGAUGCUGCGGCCAAACAACUGAAUAAUCCUAAGCUGAAAGAAACUAUUUCAGUGGCAAAUAAUGCGUGUUGGGCCAUUGGUGAGUUAGCAGUGAAGGUUCAUCAAGAAAUUUCUCCAAUUGUUUUAACGGUCAUGUCUUCCUUAGUCCCCAUACUGCAACAUUCAGAGGCGCUCAACAAGUCACUAAUUGAAAACAGUGCUAUCACACUUGGGAGGCUUGCAUGGGUUUGUCCAGAGCUUGUGGCUCCGCAUAUGGAGCAUUUCAUGCAACCAUGGUGCAUUGCUUUGUCAAUGAUACGCGAUGAUAUAGAAAAGGAGGAUGCAUUCCGAGGUCUAUGCGCUUUGGUUAGAACAAAUCCGUCUGGAGCAUUGAGUUCACUUGUAUAUAUGUGCAAUGCUAUAGCCAGUUGGCAUGAAAUAAGGAGUGAAGAACUUCAUAAUGCAGUUUGCCAGGUGUUGCAUGGUUAUAAGCAGAUGCUUGUGAAUGGAGCGUGGGAACAGUGUAUGUCUGCUUUGGAGCCAAAAGUCAAGGAAAAAUUGUCAAAAUACCAAGUGUAAUGUUGUACUCGUAGCUGAUGUAUUGUACGUGAUGGUUCACUCUGCUAUAUGUGCUCAUCAGAGAUCUGUAUCUGCAUCAAAAUUGUUGUUUCUUCAUCUCAUACAUACUGGUCGUGAUUCUUACCAGACCAAUUUUUUUGGUCGCCAAUUUUCCAGUGAAAGUUUAGGGUAAAGCGUAAGACUUGGCAUAAUGAAGCAGCUCAGGUUUGGGGCAAGAAUGUGGUGUACAGGGUGCAGCUUUCCAAACUUUGAUGGUGUGUUUGUUCUUGUUGUCUUGUAUUUAGAGAAAGGCAAGAAGUAUCUGGUGCAAGUCUUGGAUUGAUGAUUCUUCAUUUUAGGUCUAGAGUUUUCCAUUAUUCAACAAUUCCAGUGGGGUUAGGUUUGUCAAUGAUUUCCACAGUUUUUGUACAAGGGGGUUUUGACAUUUAUUAUAACAAUUUUCCAUUGGAAUUUUCCA